UGUAGCAAUAACAGGAUAUGUGGUAUUAGCGUCACAUAGGGCACAAAGGGCAGAGUCCAUUCCACUUGUAGACACUGCUCGCAAUAAUAUAGAGCGGGAGGGCACGGCAAUAAAUAAAGGCAAUGCAGGGACAAUGGGACAGCCACACUGCGUCGUUGUGGCUGGUAGGGGUCGUCGUUGAAGUCGUGAAGAAGUUGGAUCGUGGCACACGAUGGCGAGAGCUACGAAUGGAAGUGAUGCACUCAGACGCGCACGAGCUUGUCGGGGCGAAGGGCGGGGUUGAGCAGCUCAAGCUUGCGUUUGUUUUCGCGCUUGUAGUCAAAGGCACAGUGGUGGGUUUCAGGGUAUCGAUGAGAUUGACAGAACGUGUAGCCGCACUUGCACGAUACCGGGGUCAAGCCGAGUCUGGCUUUGCAGAACCAGCACUUCCGCUUGUUGGUUUGAAGUGGCAUUUGGGGUGGUUUCUUACGUGGGUCGUGCAAUCGUUCGACGACUUUGUCGAAGCCAAAGUAUGGCACGUCAGGAUUGAGGGUGUCUCGCAUCCAACAGCGGUCUCUGCACGUGGCAGCCGGCGACGGUUCUUCCAUCGUGCCAAGACCCAAGGUCAGACCUGUGCGUGCAAACUCGGCCUUCAUUUCUUCGCCUUCGAGGUAGACACGCAAGACCUCGUAAAGUAGGUCCCGGUCCAUAGCUGCGCGUCCAAUCGAGACGUGCGUUGGCGGCAUAUCGUGUGCGGAAUAGGUAUCAAGGCGCGGUCGACGUUGGGACGACCGAUCUCCUUGAUGAUUUCG